UUUUCGCAUCACUAAUCGUAGUUGCCUUGUGAAAUUCGACGGAUUUGUUUGAAGAAGUGAAAAUAAACUAGAACGAACCAUUUGCAGCGCCUACGUUUUAGGCGUUCGCUUGCCUCCGUCCCCGUUCCUAGUGCUUCCUCAACAGCAGCUACAACAACGAUGUCGCAGCCCAUGAACAACAUUAAUCAAGGCGGCUACGUGCCACCAGGAUUUGGAGCCGGUUACUAUCCACCAAAUGCUCCACCAGCCGAGGGUCCAAUAUCCAAUGCUCCCUAUCCACCAGGCCCGCCUCACCAUCAACCAGGACCGCCGCCACAAAAUUUUGGUUUUGUGCCAGGACAAGCACCAGCCGGUUACGCACCUGUUCCCCAAAUGCCGCCCUACGGUGAGGCGCCACCCUAUGGAGGUGGCCAGCCGCCAUAUGGGGGCCAACCAUCGCCAGCACAAUAUUAUGGCGGACCCCAACCCCCACAACAAUUUGGAGGACCUCAGCAUCCAUACGCAGGAGUCUAUCCACCAGGACCAGCCGGACCACAACAGCCUAUCAUCACACAGCCAGGCAUGCCGCCAGCACAACCCAUGCCACCAAUGCAGGGAGGACCAGGCGGCGAUUGGAUGAGUAUACCAGCCGGUAUUCCGAAUUGUCCGCGCGGAUUGGAAUACCUUACGACUAUAGACCAGCUUUUGGUUAAGCAAAAGGUUGAGCUGCUGGAGGCAUUCACCGGUUUUGAGACAAACAACAAAUUCUCCAUUAAAAACGCUCUUGGCCAGAAGGUUUACCAUGCCGUGGAAGACAACGAUUGCUGCACCCGAAACAUGUGCGGUCCCGCUCGUCCAUUCGAUAUGAAAAUUUUCGACAAUUAUCAACAAGAAGUCAUACACAUGCAUCGUCCAUUGGCCUGUUCGGCCUGCUGCUUCCCCUGUUGUCUGCAGUCCAUGGAGGUAUCAGCACCGCCUGGCAAUGUCAUUGGCACCAUCGAACAGGAGUGGUCCAUAUGCUCCCCCUCAUUCCGAAUUAACAAUCACAUUGGUGAUACGGUGCUGCGCAUUGAAGGUCCCUUCUGCACCUUCUCGCUCUGCGGUGAAGUGGAGUUCAAUGUGGUUUCCCUCACUGGCGAAAAGGUGGGCAAAAUCUCAAAGCAAUGGUCCGGUUUGGCGCGUGAAAUAUUCACCGAUGCGGACUUCUUUGGCAUCACUUUUCCCCUUGAUCUGGAUGUGCGCAUGAAGGCGGUGCUGUUAGGCGCCACUUUCUUAAUUGACGCCAUGUUCUUUGAAAAAUCUGGAAAUCGGGAGACCGAUGGCCCGGGCAUGUUGUAACCCUUGUGUGGCUGAUUCUUGGAUUAAAUUGGCAAUUUCUUCUCUUCGUCGGAACCGCACAUUUGCAAGAAAACUUAUAAAAAUGAAAAUAUAACAUCACUGUGAAUUAUCGUGUACUAGUCUCCGAUGGCCAAAGCUACGAAAUUUCUAGGUUUUACAUUUGCCCGACUUGGUAAAUCAAAAUAUUUCAGCUUUUCCAAAACUUACGCUGCAAGCCAGCCACUGCAUUAAGAACGGUUCACACAGGCGAAUAACUUUGUUAAAUAUGUUUGGAGCUAUUGAAUGAAACAUAUGCUUUUUAUUUUUACACAAAAUAUUUCAAUUUUAAAAGACAACCUCAAAUAUAUGAACCAAAGUCUCUAAAAUUUGCCUGCUUGAACUCAGCCCAGAAAUGAAAACGUUUUUAUUAUAUUUUGGUGUUAUGUUAUCAACUCAGGUCUCUCUCUCGUGGCGGGAUUUAUGCUUUUUGUGCAACUCUAUAUAUAAGAUUUUGAUAUUUUAAUUUAGUUAUGUUUUAACUUAUUACAUUAUAGAUUUAUGUAAAAUGCGAAAAGAAAUCUCAUAGCAACGACAAUGAAUGCUCCAUGAAUUUGUAUUUUUUGCGACAGCUAAUGCAAAACUAAAUAUGUACUCAGUACCAUAACCACUUCAACUAUACGCAGUGUCUUAACAUAUUUAAAAUAUAAUAUGUAUACAUGAACGUAUGUAUUUAUUGUGAAAUAAAGCGCUUAUAACUUUCAAAUUUA